AUGAUAAAAGGUGGUAAAGUUCUUCUUCCGGACGAUGAAGAGGAUGAUAGAUGGAAAUAUGAUCCUUGGAUUGAUGGAUGGAAUUCAUGGAAAAAAUGGAAAAAUUGGAAAGAAACUCAAGAGUUUAGACCAAUAGUAAAUGUCACACUUCCAGCCAACAGUACUUACAAUGGAAAAGAAGCAGGAGCUAUUGCUGGUGGAGUUUUUGGUGGGAUCCUUGAUGUUAUAUUACUUUUUUUCAUUGUUCUACUAAUGCAUGAAUGUUUUAAAGAAGUGAAAAAUAGAUUUAAGAAGUAUAUGGCAAAGAGAAAGGAAAGGGCCAGGAUUAAAAGAAUACAAAGGGCAAAUGAUAUAGAACAACAAUUUGAAAUGAGUUCAUUGCCAAGUUAUCAGACUCAGGAAGGACCACUUCCAGCUUAUAAUAGAAUCUAA